AUGGUUAGGAUUAUGUCCAAUUUUGUGAUGAGAAAACGCAGAAGAGAUUUCUCAGAGGAUGAAGAGGAUUCCAAUCCUGGAGAACAAGGAUUCUCAAGGAAAGAUCGAUAUGCAAGUAGACAGAGGAAAAGGAAACUUAAUACUAGUGACUACGAUUCUGAUUCAUUUGAUGACAAUAGCGAUAGUGAAUCUGAGGGUGGUAAGCAGGAAAAGAAAGAGAACCAUAACGACGACGACGGCGAUGACAUGUUUGCUUCUGACGAUGAUCAAAAGCCACCUAAGAAAUCAGAACCGGAAACAGAAGCAGUCCAAGAUGCGUUCGAUUACGACGAUCCCAAAUUCGAGCAGCGGGAACCAUUGCAAGAUAAGCAAGAUGUACAAUUGGAAUCAUUUAAUAUGGAUGAAGAUACUACUCAAAACGAACCUUCUAACAAUACGGACGAUAAAUACCUACAAAACGAAGACUACAAUCGCGAAGAUCAGUGGAUUGAUGAGGUGGAAGAUGUCAGAGGUGUAGCAGAAUCUCAAAGGCGUGAUAAGGAAAGAAGACUACAGAAAUUGAAUGAACUGAAAAACAGACAGCGACAUUACAUGGUUGAUGAGGCUCUAAUAAGAUUACAAUAUUUUAUCAAUCCAGGUGAAACGGUUUUAACUGCAUUAGGUCGUUUUAACAAACUGCGAAGCCGCAAUGAACCAUCAGAAUAUGUGGUCAAUGCCAUAAACUUCGUCACUGAUUUAAUUGAUGUCAUCGAACGCAAAGGAAUUGAAGACGUAUAUAGUCUAAAACGAUCUGACCUGUCCAAACUAAUCGAAGAAGAAUCGCUGGGAGAUUCCACUUCAAUUGAUGAUUAUAGGACUAAGAUAUGGUCUUUCAAAUGGAUUCAAAAACCUGAGGUAAUCCAUGGAGAGUAUUCCAACUAUCAAAUGCAGUACUGGAAAAAAUCAUAUUUCCAACACAAAGUUGCUGUAAAGAUUUGCUUCGAACCCAAUGAACCUGUCAAUUGGGUGCACAUAGAUUGUGUAAAUUUCAUGUGA